AUGCCGCGCUCGCGCCCGCGUCGUCUUCGCGCGCGCGCGUGCGCGUGCGUCGCGCUCGUCUCGCGCGCGGUCGUCUUCGCGCGCGGUGCGUCGGUGACGACAGGCACAUUCGCGUUCACGUCGAGCGAGGCCACGCGCGCGCUCGAGCGGUGGACGUCCGCGAGCGAAGGUCUCGGACGCGCGGGGGAGAUCUCGAGCGCGAUACGCGUCGUCGCCACGACGGAGGGCGCGGGACGGGGGGUGGCGACGACGAGGGACGUGACGCGCGGCGAGCUCCUGGCGACGGUUCCGCUGGAGAAGUGCGUGAGCACGUCGAGCGCGCGAGCGGACGCGACGCUGUGGAGAGGGUUGAGCGCGCGUCCGGGGGCGUCGUUGGAUGGUAUUUUAGCCGCGCACGUGUUGAGAGAGGCGUUUGGGUUGGGAGAGCGGAGCGCGUUUUGGCCGUGGCUUCGGUUGCUCCCGAGCGAGACGGACGCCGCGGUGGGGUGGGACGAGGAUGAACUGCGAGAGCUCCAGGGAUCGAACGUGGUGGCGUUCGCGAGAGCGAUUAAGAAGAGCUGGCGCGAGGAGUACGACGCGCUGGAUUUCGCGGGACUCGGGGUUGACUUCCCCGAGGCGUUCGGCGGCGAACACGCGGCGCACUAUACUUUUGAAAAGUUUACCUGGGCCAGGUUUGUCGUGUGGUCGCGCGCGAUAGAUCUGAAGACGGACAGUACGAGCGCACCGGUGAUUCGUAUGCUCGUCCCGAUACUGGACAUGGCGAAUCACGCGCCGUCUGGGAAGUUACUCCCGAGGUGGGAUGCCAAGGCGAACGCGGUUAAAAUUUACGCCGGGAGUGCAUUCAAGAGGAACACCGAGCUGAGGUUCAACUACGACACGAAGCCAUCGCAAUAUUUCCUGUUACAGUACGGAUUCAUCCCGGAGGCGAACCCAGCGGAGUGCGUCGAGGUGACGAUGCAGCUGAGCCAACGUGACAACCUUCGCGAGCGGAAGGAGGCACUGUUACGCCGCCACGGUCUCGAUCCGACCAAGAGGAAUUUCGAGUGGAAGGUGCGAGGUCUGGAUUAUGAUUUACUCGCAGCGGCACGAAUAAUCGCCAUGGACGAAUCGGAGUUGGACGACGACACGUCGGUAGCUCUGUCGGUGAGCGGCGCCUCGGUGAGCGCGAAGAACGAUGCUCGGACAAAGGCGGUGUUACUCAAGUCGCUGAUAACAUCUCUCGACGGUUACGGGACGACCCUGGGUGAGGACAACUCAUACAUCGCACGUUUCAACACCUCUUCGGAUGAGCUACCGAAAAAGCGUAAGAGAUUUGCGGUUCUGCUUCGAAUGCGAGAAAAGGGUAUCUUGCUCGCAUCCGCGGAUGCGUUAUUCAAAGAGUUACCGAACGAGGGCGAAGAGCUCGUGAGACGAACGUGCGAAGAAAUGUUUAGUAAAGAGUUAGACGAGUGUAUGAAGCGCGCGAGCGGGACCCCGUUCGCGUCGUAUGCGAAGAAGGUGGAUUCGUAG